AUGUCCUCCGUUGAGCGUAUCGACAGGCUUCUGCGGCGCAGCAAUGCCCUCGUCAUACCCAAAGAUCAGCAGCGACUGCUCGAGACAGAAGGGUCAUGGACGCCGAAGCUGAGGAACGCUCCUGAUGACCUCAUCAACGUCCCUGACCAUGUCAUCAAGACCGUUGAGCAGGCCUACAUCCGGGCCAGGCAGAUGGGCCGCCAUGAUGAGCCUAACUCCAAUGGAAACAAACGCCCAUCAAGUGCGGAUCUUCCGCCUCCCAAGCGGAACCCUACUCCAGAACCUCCAGCGCCGACAAACGGGGACCAGGGUUCAUCACCCGUCGCGUCUCCCAAGAGCCAAAUAUGCGACAAGAGCCCGUCGCCCUGUCGUGAUAGCGCGAGACACAGCCCGGCCGGCGCCCAACCUCCAACUCGUCGUGAGAGCCCCAGGCAGGCACCACGGAUGCCUCCUCCUGCGGUCCCGGUACCGCGACCAGACAUCUAUGACAUUCCUCCAGAUUCCAGCGAUAACGAGGAUGAUCUCGAUGUCAACGUACCGCAAGCUGGGGAGCAGCAAGACGCCCGAGUCAACAUGGCCGCAACUCAUCGCCUCCUGCAAGCCACGCCAUACCAAGAUGCCACAGCAGACGUGAUUGAUACGCCGCCGUGCGCACAGCCCAGCCACUCAAUCGUCCCAGAAACGCUUCUGAAAGAGCCCGGGCCUCAGCCUGAGACUGUGCGCCAUGAAGACCGACAACAUCGGCACAAGAUGUACACACUCAACUCGAGCCCGAUCAAACCUCUGGCUACAGCGGCGACAUCGAGGCGGAUGGCCACCACCAAGGCCUUUUUGGGAACAGUCGACGUCAGCAGCUCGUACUCCACGUCUUCCGGAUCCGUGGUUCCGGCCACGCUCGCUAGCUCAACCCUGAAUUCGGUACUAGCAUCAGUCGAGUCGGGCGAUGCCAUCAUGGGGACGAAUGAACUAGAGGAGGCGGACGACUCGGACUCGGACGCGGCUCUGCCUGAACACGCACCAGAACUGCCUGGUGCCGCCGCAUCGUCCCAGCCAGAGGUGUCACCACCGGCACUCCAGAAUAUCAACCCGUUCGGCAAAUUUUCAUCGACAUAUCCAGACUAUGUAACACAAUACCGAGGUAGCCUGUGGAGCUUCAUCAGGGCUCUCAUAUGUCUCGAGUACCUCAAGAGUGAGAGGCUAAUCAAGGAAAGCGGGUACGACGAGUUUAUUCGAGCGUUCUCACACGGCUACUUGGAGUAUGUGGCACGAGCAGGUCCCGGCCAGGAGCCUCUGCCCGCGAUCGAAUGGUUCAACAUGCUGCCUGGGAGGCAGCUUUACAGCGCCAUGGUCGUCAACGCCGGCAACCUGGAUGCCAUCAUCAAGUCGUUUCCGCACGAGGUGUCGCGGGCACGAAGAAUCAUUCGAGGAGCUUCGGAGGAGGCUCCUCCGGCACGGAACUUGAAGAAUACUAGAGAGCCUCGAACGUUAAGUUCUAAGGCAUCAGAGCCACGCCCAGAACCAAGUCUGAUACCCAGCAGCGAGGCCAUGGACGUGGAUUUGCCGGAUCCUGUUCUUGGCCGGCGACCCCGACAACUUGAGGAACCGCCGGCUCCCGACUCAUCUGAGCCGCCACUCCGGGUUGCUAGCCGGUCACAAGCAGCGGGGUCCGAACCAGCCGCGGAGCCGGCAACGCCGGGCACAGCACCGUCGAGCCGGGAACGGGCCCCGCGGUCAUCUGGCUACUUUGCGAGGCUCAAUGCCAAAGUAUCAAAGAGUCGACAGCGAGCGUCCGAGGAACGCAAGGCGCGUGUUCAAAAGCAUCUACGCAAGGAGGGGUCGAGCCGCCGCAGCUCCAUCAGCAGCAGCGGUCGGACCAAAUCACUGGACAAAAGCAAGAGCUGA